AUGUCAGGAGCUACUAAUCGAGAGGCGGUCUUCCCCACUCGUCAGUCCUUGGGUAUCAUGAAAUCGAAGCUCAAGGGAGCUCAGACAGGUCAUGAUCUACUAAAGAGAAAGAGUGAAGCCUUGACAAAGCGUUUCCGAGAAAUUACACGACGAAUCGACGAGGCAAAACGCAAGAUGGGCAGAGUGAUGCAAAUUGCGGCGUUCUCACUGGCAGAAGUUACGUAUGCAGUUGGGGGAGACAUUGGUUAUCAAGUACAAGAAUCGGCAAAAUCCGCACGUUUUAGAGUACGGACGAAGCAAGAAAACGUGUCGGGUGUAUUCUUACCGGCGUUUGAAAGCUAUACAACUGAGGGGAACAAUGAUUUUGGCCUGACUGGUCUUGGAAAGGGUGGACAACAGGUACAGAGAUGCCGGGAAACCUAUGCUAGGGCAGUCGAGACUCUUGUUGAACUCGCAAGUUUACAGACUGCAUUCGUCAUUUUGGAUGAGGUUAUCAAGGUUGUAAACAGAAGAGUAAACGCCAUUGAACAUGUGAUUAUUCCUCGAACAGAAAAUACAAUCAAAUACAUCAACUCCGAAUUAGAUGAAUUAGACAGAGAGGAAUUCUUCCGUCUGAAGAAGGUACAGAACAAAAAGCAGAGAGACACUGCCAUUCAGGAUGCGGAGAUGAGGGCGAAGCGCGAGGACGCGGAGAAGCGGGACAAGGAUAAAGAGAAUGAGGAAACUGGUGGCGGUGGUGAUAUACUUGGUGACGAUGAAGACGCAGAUGUGAUUUUCUAG